AUGGCUCAUUCAGCUGAACCAUCAUCCUCUCUGAGCUUUACUUCAUCGCCCCAUUUAUCAAAUGGUUCAAUAAGCCACAACUUAUCGUGUUCUGGCUCCGAAUCGGUGCCAAGUCUUGAAGUCAUCAGUUUGUCCAAGCUUAGCUCUAGUUUGGAGCAGUUGUUGAUUGAUCCUGGCUGUGAUUAUAGUGAUGCUGAUAUCGUAGUUGAGGGGAUUCCUGUUGGUGUACACCGAUGUAUAUUGGCUUCUAGGAGUGGAUUUUUUCGCGAGCUAUUCAAGCGAGACAAGGGGUCUUCUGGAAAGGAGGACAGGCCAAAGUACUGUAUAAGUGAUUUUCUGCCUUAUGGUGAUGUUGGAUAUGAAGCCUUCUUGGUUUUCUUAAGCUAUGUGUAUACGGGAAAGCUUAAGCCUUCUCCCGUGGAGGUGUCAACCUGCGUUCACAAUGUAUGUGCCCAUGACGCAUGUAGACCUGCUAUCAAUUUCGUUGUGGAAUUGAUGUACGCCGCUUCCAUUUUCCAAAUGCCUGAUUUGGUUUUGAUAUUCGAGCGGCGCCUUCUUAAUUUUGUUGGGAAAGCUCUGUCAGACAAUGUUAUCCCAAUUCUCGUGGUUGCUUUCCAUUGUCAGUUGAAUCAGCUCAUCGAUCAGUGUAUAGAUAGAGUGGCACGAUCAGAUAUUGAUGACAUCUCUCUUGAGAAGGGACUUCCUGAUGAGGUUGUGAAGAAAAUCAAAAUUCUUCGCCGCAAUUAUCAGCAGGAUUCUGACCCAAACUUGCCACCUGCCGAUCCCUUGCUUGAAAAGAGAAUCCGAAGAAUACAUAAGGCUUUGGACUCGGAUGAUGUCGAGCUUGUGAAACUUCUUUUAACGGAGUCUAAUAUAACCUUGGAUGAAGCAAAUGCUCUCCAUUAUGCUGCAGCUUACUGCGAUCCUAAGGUUGUGACCGAAGUGCUUGCUCUGGGCCUCGCUGAUGUUAACCUCCGGAAUGCUAGGGGUUAUACAGUGCUUCACAUUGCUGUGAUGCGCAAAGAGCCAUCAAUUAUUGUAUUGCUACUGACUAAAGGAGCUCGUGCAUCGGAGCUGACAUCAGAUGGUCAGAGUGCUGUUAGUAUUUGCAGGAGGUUGACGAGACCAAAGGAUUACCAUUCAAAAACAGAGCAGGGGCAAGAAGCAAACAAAGACCGAAUAUGCAUUGAUGUUCUAGAGAGGGAAAUGCGGCGGAAUCCAAUGGCUGGAGAUGCAUCUAUAUCUUCCCAAAUAAUGCCUGAUGAUCUGCACAUGGAGUUGCUGAACCUGGAGAACAGAGUGGCAUUGGCCCGAUUGUUUUUCCCUGCAGAAGCCAAGCUAGCCAUGGUCAUUGCCCAUGCGGAGACAUCUGAGUUUGCUGCGCCAUCAUCAUCGAAAGGCUCAAGUGGGAAUCUGAUGGAGGUUGAUUUAAACGAGACCCCCACCGUGCAGAACAAAAGACUUCAUUCCAGGUUGGAAGCCCUUAUGAAAACAGUCCGUUUGGGUAGAUGCUAUUUCCCUCAUUGCUCGGAAGUCCUGGAUAAGUUCAUUGCGGACGACCUCCCUGAUUUGUUUUACCUCGAGCCUGGCUCCUCCGACGAGCAGAAGGUAAAGAGGAGGCGUUUCAUGGAGCUCAAGGAGGAAGUACAAAAAGCAUUUGACAAGGACAAGGCCGAGUGUAACCUCUCCGGAUUGUCUUCAUCAUCCUCCACGACAUCUCCGGAAAAAAUUGGUGCAAAUCAGAAGGCUAGGGAACGGUGAAGGCGUGU